GCACAUAUAAUGAAUAUUUUGUAAUAAUGCCUAAUUUCAUUCUAUUUUUUCAGUUCCGUUCACAGGGAAAUCUGCAGAAUAUGCAUAAUCAACAUCACCAUCAACAUGCACAUAAUUUGCAGCAUCAGCAUCAAAUUCUACACUUGAACCAUCAGUUAGGAUCUCUUCACAUCAAUCAAACACAACAACAGCAACAAAAACAGCGACAACAGGUGGUAUUACAUGAAACGCAAACCAAUGAAACAGAACAAGAACCAGAAGGAGGAAAUAGUGAACCGGUUAGUGAAAAAAUGAAAUAUUACAUAUGGUAUUUAGCUAUUGUGGUAGAUUAGUUUCACCAACGAAACUGUGGUAAUUUUUUUCCA